AUGAGAGAAGAUGAUUUUAAUUUCCGUCUUCCAAUAGUUCUUCCCUCAGAUUAUACUGUGGUUAAAAAUCUGAUUUAUUGGAAACAUAAGCAAUUAGGACAUUGUGGAAUUCAAUUACUGAUGUCUACAUUACGUGAAGAAUUUUGGAUCUUGAAAAGUCGAAAAACUAUAAGAAAUGCCAUAAAAUCUUGUGUCAUCUGCAAACGUUUUCAUUCUAAACCUCCCAAUGUACCAGAUGGUCUUUUGCCAGCAGAUAGAGUGAAGGAUGCAGCCAUCUUUGAAAUUGUAGGUGCUGACCUGGCUGGUCCCCUCAUUCUGAAAGAUGGUCAAAAAACUUGGAUCUUGAUGGUGACUUGUGCUAUAUUUCGGGCUGUUCACUUAGAACUCUUAUCAUCCCUCUCUACUGAAAACUUAAUUUUGGGACUUAGAAGAUUUAUCUCACGAAGGGGAAGACCGUCAGUUGUCUGCACAGAUAAUGGAACUAAUUUCGUUGGAACACAGAACCUUCUAAAAAGCAUUGAUUGGGAAAAGCUAAAGACUGAAUCCAAUCUGUCAUCAAUUACCUGGAAUUUCAUUCCCCUGUCUGCCCCUUGGUAUGGGGGAUUUUGGGAACGUUUAAUUGGCAUGAUGAAGAGAAUCCUAAGAAAGGUUCUGGGUAGAACAUCGUUGAAUUACGAGGAAAUGGUAACAGUUCUCUGUGACUGUGAAAGUGUAAUGAAUUCACGCCCCCUGACUUAUGUGUCCGAUGAUGCGGAGGAGUUAUCACCAAUAACACCUAUGAUGUUCCUACAAGAAAUAAGACAGGUGGGUGUUGCAGAUUUCGAUAUUUUAGAUCAAGAAAAAUUCAAAAAACGACUUGCAUACAGAAAUGAAAUCUGUCAAAAUCUUCGAAAGAGAUUCAGAACGGAAUAUCUUGGUCAACUUCGAGAAACUUCUUCAAAGACCAAAACUUCAGGAGCUCUGCAAGUUGGGGACAUUGUGAUAAUUUGGAAUGACAAUGCAAGCAGAAUUCAGUGGCCUCUCGGGAGUAUUUUAAAGAUUUUGCCAA